UUUCUUUCUUCUUUUUUUUUUUUUUUUUUUUUUUUUUUUUUUUUCUUUGUAAGCCUUACAUUUUUUUAAAAAUAUCAACAAUGCUUUCUCUUGCUGCACGCUCUAUCAAGUCUUCCGCUUUCAAAACAGCUUCUCUUCGUCCUUUGACUGCCAUCCGUACAAAGGUUACUUUACCCGAUCUUCCUUACAAAUACGAUGCUUUGGAACCUUAUAUCAGUGGUAACAUCAUGGAGGUUCACCACGCCAAGCAUCAUCAAACCUACGUCAAUGGUUUCAAUGCCGCUGAAGAAAAGCUUGAAAAUGCCUUCAAGUCAAAGGAUCUUACUGAACAAUUAGCCCUUCAAAAUGCCCUUAAAUUCAAUGGUGGUGGUCAUAUCAACCAUUCUUUAUUCUGGGAAAAUUUGGCUCCUCAUGGUAAGGGCGGUGGAGAUUUGCCCAAGGGUGCUUUAGCCUCUGAAAUUGAAAAACAGUUUGGUUCCUUUGACGAUUUUAAGAAAAAGUUCAAUGCUGCUGCUGUGGGUGUUCAAGGUUCUGGAUGGGCUUGGUUGGGUUAUAACAAGGAAGCCAAGCGUCUUGAAAUUGCCACAACACCUAAUCAAGAUCCUUUGCUUCAUUUGACUCCUCUUUUAGGUGUGGACGUCUGGGAACACGCUUACUAUUUGCAAUAUAAGAAUGUUCGUCCCGACUACCUUAACGCCAUCUGGAACGUCAUCAACUGGGAAGUUGUUGCUGAACGUUUUUCCAAGACACAGUAAUGACGUCUGGACAAUAGCGUCGACCACUGAACGAACUUGUAGCGGUUCAUAGGGCUUUCUUUUUUUUUUUUCUUUCUUUAUCACUGCUCAUCCUCUUUUUAAACCAAAUGAUAUCUUGAUAACAAAAAUAAAAAAGAAAUGGGUUGAUACUGAAAUGAGAUAAAUAUAUGUCAAUGUCGGGGUAGAUAAGUUCCCUUCUCUUUAUUGUUACUACUAUAUCAUGUUGACUACGAUAUCAAAACAUAAUGACGAGAUGGGUGGCUGUUAAACUCAUGGUGCGUAGAGGGUGAGGUUGACGUAGGGUUUGUGAGGGAGAGAAGAGCCAGAGAAUGUAUCUGGAGUAUAGAGAGUGCGUAUAAAGAAAGGAACAUGCUUUCCACAAAAAGAGGAUCAUACACUCUUUCUUUCUUUUUUUAUUGAUACGAGUUUUUUCUUUUUUUUUCUUUUUUUUUUUUUUUU